AAAAUAGGUAAACAACUUCUAAAAUAAUGAUUUAUUAUACUGUGAUUUUAUUUUAUUAUUUCCACUAUAUGAUCUAUAUGCGCUUGACCCUAAAUAUCAGCGAAUUGUUUUAGAGAGUUACAACAAAAAAAAGUAUUUUUUCAAGAGCGAUAUGUCAAUAAAAUAGUUUACUCACAUUUCUGGAAUUACAUUGAUCAAUUACAAUAAUAUAUCAUCUUUUUAAACAAUGGUUGUUGUUGUAAAAAGGUGGUUAUAAAGCAGAGAACGUAUAUCAUUUGGUGAAAUUCACUAAUAAAAUCUUGUUAGGUUUUGACAAUUCACACGCUGGUCCGCAAUUUAACCCUCUCUAUAAUAUACGUUCUCUGGUUAUAGCACCUGUUCAUGCCAUUGUUCUCAAACUCAAAUUUGAGAUAAGCAAAUUUUAAAGAAAUAAAACAAAUAUUUGCAAUUUUAAAAUUAUGUUAUUUUUCAAUAAUAACAUUCAAUCAAAAUGUUUAUUGUUAUUUCAAAUUUCUCAUUUAUAAAAUAUACGGCAACACUAUUCUGCAAUCGGUCCAUCUUCUUCUUCGGUGUUUUACUCAGUUUUACUUUUUUCGAGAAGUUUGUAAAAGAAAUUAUCAGUGUUUUAAUUCAUUAAAAAAUAAUAAAAACUGUACAGGAUACAACAUGAACUGGUACAAAGGUAACAUUGCAGAGGCAGUGGCAGAAUCAAAGGCUAAAAAUGCAAUUUUUGUUGUUUAUGUCGAAGGUAAAGAUGAAUCAACACAAAAACUUUCAAACUUUAUUAAUGCUCAGAAAAUACGAGAGAAAUUGGAAUCUGAUAAUUUUGUCGCCAUAAAAAUUGAAAGUGAUAGCCAAGCAUAUAUGCAGUUUGCAAAAAUUUAUCAAGUAGUUCCUGUACCAUCAAUUUUCUUUAUUGGGAAGACUGGCACUCCUCUCGAGAUAGGCACCGGCAUAAUUGCUUCUAUUGGUGAACUGGAAGAGAAAAUUAAUAAGGUACUUACAUUGUCCGGUCAUAGCACACCAUCUACGCAGUCAUCAACUACUUUUAUUACGGCCGAGCAAAAUGCUGCUGAAUCUAAACCGACUGCCAAAAAUGAUUCAACGGACGCAGCUUUAGCAGACAAUUCAUCUCCAUCUACAAGCCAGUCAACAAUAGAAACAGUUUCUGCCGUCAAGCAGGAUGAACAGACUGAAAUUAUUUGUGAUGGCGAUGUCUGCUACAAGAAAACAAAAGAGCAAAAGGAAGACAUUGUCCCGACUGACGAGAAACCCCAAAGCUCAAUUAAUCAGGGUGAGAAUCAAAAUGAAGUUGAUGGAAAAGCACAAUUGGAAGAAGCUAAAAAGAAGAUGGAAGAACAGAGGAGGAAGCGCAUUGAAGAAGAAAAACAAUUAGAGAAAGAACGGGAGGUGAGGCGCAGACGUGAAGGAAAAGAAAUGCAAACCCUACAAGAAUAUCAACGCGAGCAAGAAUUGAAAGAACUAAAGGAAAAUAUUCGACGUGAAAAACUCGAAGAAAUGGCUGCGCGCGAGAGAAUACGAGCACAAAUUGCAGCUGAUCGUGCCGAACGAGCACAAAAGUUUUCGACGCCUCGUGACGCGUCAGGCCCUACAACAAGUGCAGAAUUAGGAACUAAUUGCGGUGGUGUCUCCAUUGCAAACCCAGUUACCCCGGAUAGCACUAGAAUACAGUUUCGUUUCGCUAGUGGUAAUACCGUUGCACAUGUGUUUAAUUGCCAAGACACACUCGGCAAGUUACGCGAGUAUGUCCGUACAGACUUACUGCCUGGUACCGGUAUAAAAGAUUUUACGUUAGCUACAACAUACCCUAAGCGGGAACUUAAUAUCGAACACGAUGUACAAACCCUCGCCGAACUUAGUCUUUUUCCGAGUGCUGUUAUCUUGAUCAUAGGGAAAGAAAGUACAAGUAGUCCAGCAGCCAUUAUAGCUCGCUCCGGUGGACUUCUGAACAUAUUUACUACGCUGGUGAUGGCAAUACUUUCUCCAGUUUUUUCUGUUUUUGGUUAUUUGAAAAAUAUUGCUACCGGUGGAGGUCAAAAAAAUAACAAUGAGUCUGGUGCAAGCAAGCGAGCAAAUGAGGAGGCUGGAGCACAACAUGAUGCUGCAAAACGUCGUAAUAUGGAACGUUUUGGAGGUGGUGUUGCUACCGGAUCGAUUUUGGGUAACAAUGCCAGCAGCUCGGAAAAUACGGAAAAAGGCGAAUCGAAACCAUAUCGUCGUUAUGGUAGCUCAAAUAUUCAUCGCUUGACAGAUCAUAAAGAUUCAGAUGAUGAAAAUGCCACUUGGAAUGGGAAUUCCACGCAGCAGCAGUAGAUAGUUUAACGUAACGUAGACUAGAAUAUAACACAUAAUUUAAAUAUAUAUUAUACAUAGUUUCCUUUCAAAUAAAAAUUAAUGGUAAAGAACUUA